CGCCCCUCGAGGCCGCCAUUCACAACAAGAUGGCGGCGGCGGGACCGGGGCCGACAGGCGUCGAGAGCCGGGUGCUGGGCUACACCCUGCAUCGCUGGAGCAGUUUCUCUUCUACCUACCUGCCCGAGAAUAUAUUGGUGGAUAAGCCCAACGAUCAGUCCUCGAGAUGGUCUUCAGAAAGCAAUUAUCCUCCCCAGUAUUUGAUUCUGAAACUUGAAAGACCUGCCAUAGUCCAGAGUAUCACUUUUGGUAAAUACGAGAAAACGCAUGUCUGCAAUUUAAAGAAGUUUAAAGUCUUUGGUGGGAUGAAUGAGGAAAACAUGACAGAUCUCUUAUCCAGUGGCUUAAAGAAUGAUUAUAACAAAGAAACAUUCACCUUGAAGCAUAAAAUUGAUGAACAGAUGUUCCCCUGUCGAUUCAUUAAGAUAGUUCCACUCUUAUCCUGGGGACCUAGCUUCAAUUUUAGUAUCUGGUAUGUUGAACUUAAUGGCAUUGAUGAUCCAGAUGUGGUCCAACCGUGCCUCAACUGGUACAGCAAGUACCGUGAACAGGAAGCCAUUCGCCUUUGCCUAAAGCAUUUUCGGCAGCACAACUACACUGAAGCUUUUGAGUCGCUGCAGAAGAAAACCAAGAUUGCUCUGGAGCACCCGAUGUUGACAGACCUGCAUGACAAGCUGGUGUUGAAGGGAGACUUCGAUGCUUGUGAAGAACUGAUAGAAAAAGCUGUGAACGAUGGCUUAUUCAAUCAGUAUAUCAGUCAGCAAGAAUACAAACCUCGCUGGGGGCAGAUCAUUCCCAAAAGCACCAAAGGUGAUGGGGAGGACAGCCGACCAGGGAUGAGGGGUGGCCAUCAGAUGGUUAUAGAUGUUCAGACAGAAACCGUUUAUUUGUUUGGUGGCUGGGAUGGAACUCAGGAUCUGGCUGACUUCUGGGCAUACAGUGUGAAGGAAAACCAGUGGACCUGUAUAUCCCGGGAUACUGAGAAAGAGAGUGGUCCCAGUGCCAGAUCAUGUCACAAAAUGUGCAUUGACAUUCAACGAAGGCAAAUCUACACGUUGGGACGCUAUCUGGAUUCCUCCGUGAGGAACAGCAAGUCUCUGAAAAGCGACUUCUAUCGCUACGACAUUGACACCAACACAUGGAUGUUACUCAGUGAAGACACUGCGGCAGAUGGAGGCCCAAAGCUGGUGUUCGAUCAUCAGAUGUGUAUGGAUUCAGAAAAACACAUGAUCUAUACCUUUGGAGGCAGAAUUCUGACCUGCAAUGGCAGCGUCGAUGACAGCAGAGCCAGCGAACCGCAGUUCAGUGGAUUGUUUGCUUUUGACUGCCAGUGUCAGACAUGGAAACUUUUAAGAGAGGAUUCCUGUAAUGCUGGACCUGAGGAUAUCCAAUCCCGAAUAGGACACUGUAUGUUGUUCCAUUCUAAAAAUCGCUGCUUGUAUGUCUUUGGUGGCCAGAGAUCGAAGACUUACUUGAAUGACUUCUUCAGUUAUGACGUAGACAGCGACCACGUGGAUAUCAUAUCAGACGGCACUAAGAAGGAUUCAGGGAUGGUUCCAAUGACAGGUUUCACUCAAAGGGCCACCAUCGAUCCUGAACUGAAUGAAAUCCAUGUCUUGUCAGGGCUCAGUAAAGACAAGGAGAAGCGUGAAGAGAAUGUAAGGAAUUCCUUCUGGAUUUAUGACAUUGUAAGGAACAGCUGGUCUUGUGUCUAUAAGAAUGAUCAAGCAGCAAAAGAGAAUCCAGGUAAAAGCCUUCAGGAAGAGGAACCCUGCCCAAGGUUUGCUCAUCAGCUGGUGUAUGAUGAGUUGCAUAAGGUCCAUUACUUAUUUGGUGGAAAUCCUGGUAAGUCGUGCUCUCCAAAGAUGAGAUUAGAUGAUUUCUGGUCUCUGAAGCUCUGUCGACCUUCAAAGGAAUACCUGCUAAGACACUGCAAAUACCUCAUAAGAAAGCACAGGUUUGAAGAGAAAGCUCAGACUGACCCUCUUAGCGCACUGAAGUACCUGCAGAAUGAUCUGUACGUGACUGUGGAUCACUCAGACCCUGAGGAGACAAAAGAGUUUCAGCUUCUUGCCUCAGCAUUAUUUAAGUCUGGCUCGGAUUUCACCACUCUCGGAUUUUCAGAUGUUGACCACACUUACGCACAGAGAACUCAGCUCUUUGAUACGCUAGUCAACUUCUUUCCAGACAACAUGACCCCUCCUAAAGGCAACCUGGUCGACCUCAUCACGCUGUAACGGAGCAAUCACUGGACAUGUGGAAGAGGGAAAAAGCAUCCAUUUUCAGUAUUCUAAUUUUUUUACUGCAUUGAUUGACUGCUGGGAUGAAGUAAUAUAGUAACCCCUAGGUGUUUGCAAGGGGUUUUAUACUUGUAUGGUGAAUCCCUGAAGCUUUUCCCUUGGAGUAGGUUAAUAAACUGUAACUGACUAAAUAUAUAUAUAUUUUCUGACUUUGGAUUUUGAGUUAGCAGAUGUAAGAUGAAAAGGUGGGGGAAAGAAAAAAUAAAACCCAAUCAUGCUGUGAUCACUUUUGCCUGCAGGGGAAAAUUGAGAUUUGUGGGUUGUCUGGAAUUGAAGAUGAUGGGUUUUAUUUUGUGUUUCGGGAGAAAGAGGGGGAAGGUUGUUCUUUGCUCAUUUGUAACUAGUCAUGAUAUAUUGCUUUAUCCUACAACUCCAUCCUCAGCAGCUCAAUAACUUGGCAGCAGGACACUGGCACGCAUUGAGGUGAUAGUAAUGUAUGUGUCUUCAGUCUUGUAAUCGCGGUGUGUCAUGUGAAGGGGAGCACGUGUUACGAAUUAUCUGUCUCCUUCUCCCAGAACUGGGCUGACAGUAGUGUCUAAUUCCAUCUGAUAUCUGGUUAAAACGUGAAUACCUAAAUGGCUAUGUUCUGUUCUCUGGAGCCUUCCACUUUGACCUUGCGGGCAAGUGGGAACCUCAGAGAAACCACUGGAAAACAGGAGUGCAGUCAUCGUCUGCACAGGCCCCAUUUCAGGGUUUGUUCUGUUUUCACUGCUGUGCUCUUACGAGAAACCGUGUUGGUCCUCGCAGAGUCCAGCAGAACUGGGUCUUCCACCACACGCACACCCAGCCUCUGCAACCUGACCCAGGGGUUGGGUGUAGAAUUUCUGAAGCAGAUUGUCUUCGUUUACAUGCACCUAAUGCUUCUGUGUGCAGUUGUCAAUGUGUAAAUGUAAAGAGGAUUGCUCCAAACAGCUUGUCUCCUUCCUAUGUAGUGCAGCUCAUUUCCUUUUAAAUGCAUUUUAGACCUAGAUCUGAAUGUGAGGGAGGCCUUUUCAGCAUAAAUCUUUUUGAAAGCAAGCUGAUGCAUAUAUAUAUUUUAUAUAUAUUAUAUAUAUAUGUAUAUAAUAUAUAUAAAAUUCUUCCUCGCUGAAAGCCUUCUUUAUAAACAAGAUAGGGGCUUGGUGCUGCACUAAAGUGGAACAAAGGAUACUUGUACCCAGCGUUAGAAACUUUUUGCAUUUGGUGUCAGUGAGCAUUCAGUACAAACUGGCAGAUGUAAAUAUUUAUAUGAGAUGCAAAGCUUUAUGUUCAGCAAUGUUUGUGCCAGUAGGGAUCUGGGCUGCACCCACUGUGGCUACACAACUCCUGUUGAACUUGAUGGAAGUCUUGUGUGUGCAAAGAUGAUUUGGACUCUUGAAAUAAAGAGUUAGUGAAGUGUCUUUUUCAGAGCUCAAGUGUCUGCUUGCAUUGAUUGCAUUGUAUUGCCUCUUUAUCAUGUUCUUUGUGUGACUUUUGUAGUCCUGGUACGUUAGAAAAAACUUUAAAACCUCAUAUUAGUGUUUAAUCACUUGGAAAGGAACAAUAUGUGAGAGGCUGGGCUUUGCUUUGUCUUCAGAGAGGACUAUACAAAUACAGUGUUUUUAAGUAACCUGUAACUUGAGACUGUUUCGAUACCAUAUACUUCAGUGGAUGGCAAAUCGCAGGGCUGUAGAAGAAUCCACUCCGUACAUAGCACAGUAGAUGAAAUCUGAUUCAAUUGUUUCUUUGAAACAUUGCAUUUUAUUUUUCCAGUGACAUGGAAAGUUUUACGUCACUGCUAGGCUUUCCAGUGUGCUACCUUUGACACUUUAACUAGUUCAAGUAGAGCUUGUGUGGUACGAAUGUAGAUACGGGUGGUGCUGUACGGGGAGAAUACUCCAAUGAAAGCUUUGUUUCCACUGAGGUUGAACUUAGCACUUUUAAUACAACCAGCCAAAAUGCCGCGGCCCUCUGGUACUUAAAAUCUUAGUGUUGUUGUGCUCCCUUAUCACUCAGUCUCAUUGUCUGUGCGUUCUCGACCUUCAGUCAGGUGAUAAAUGGCCUUUUUUGACAGUUUUCUAAUCAGCCAAGCUCUUCAUAAACUUUUAUGCUUAGGUCUUUGAGGACUUAUGUGUGAGGCUGAACCCAAAAGACAAAACCAGACUGAGGAGCCCCGGCGAGCGUAUGGUGGAGGUUUAGGGAUGCCAAAAGCUUUGUGGAUCGUGGUGGUGCUGAGCAGCGCAUUGCGUAAGGCUUGAUUUGUGUUAAAACUUCCAUGAGAAGUCAUCCUCUGCAUCAGGGGGGCAUGCAAAGCCUGACUGCCUGGCUCAGUUUUUCGGUAGCGUAGCGUAAAUGAAUGAUUUGCUUGAGCAAGGUGAACGUUGCUUCUGCAGGACUGACAAUCCCAGCUAAUGAGAACGCUUCUGGAUGAGCAAGUAUUGACCUACCGUUAUGCCAAGCGUAUCGAUUUCAGCUCACACGAGCACAGUUUAUGGAUUACAGCUGGUGAUUAACCAGCACAAACUAUUUGCUCGGCUUCAGAGUAUUUGUGGAGCAGCAGAGGCACCCUGUGGCCAGAGAGGUUAAUCCAGAGUGAAUGUUUCUUGUGGCUUUGCCAGUAGUCGUUCCUGGUUCUGUGUCCUUAAAGCUAGGAGUCAGGAUUAAAUGAUUUCUUUGCAUUGGUGUACGCUACACUACCUGAUUUAACAACUAGUUAAAGAUUCUGAGCAGUGAAGUAUAAAUUUCCUUUCAAAAUAAGCUGGUUAUUGACAAGCCGUUACAGGGAGAGUUUGAAUUUAAUUACAUGCAGUUCUUUAAGGCUACUGGUGGUAUUCCAGGCAGGUGUUCGAUGUGAGCAUUACAGCAAUACUGCAGUACAAACAGAAGGGGACCCACUUGAUCUGAAAACGGCAACUAAAAGUGUUUCACAGCGCAGUGCAUGUGAUGUUAUAAAUAUACAAACUGUGCGUGAGAAGUCUUUGAACCUCGCCCUUAGUGCUUGCAGUCUGUAGCAGAGAUGGCUUUUUAGCUUAGACGAGAGUAAUGCACUAUAUUUGCCUUUACCUUAUACGAUGAGGUGACUUUGUGCAUGGAUUUAGCACUGCAUAAUCUUUGCACUGCAGUACUUGAUCUCUAAAUUAUAUGUUAACUUAGAAAUAAGUUAUUGUGAAAGAAAGUGUUGUUAAUUGUCAGAUAGGGACUCAUUUGUGAUGACUGGGGUCUUCAAAGCCAAAGUUACAAGGUUCUGGUAUGACUUUUAAAGCUGUGGAAGUCAGGGUGGGAUAAAUUCGAUACGGACAUCAAGACUUCAAUCGCAAUUUACCUUUUUUAUUAAAAGAUUUCUAUUGAGAUAUGCGAGUUUGGUUCUUCGUUGACACUGGCCUUCAGCAUAGUUACUCUUGCAGUAUUAUUCAAUAGAUCAUCUCUUUGGAAAGCAUGAAAGUAUUCUUCGUGCACAGUUGUUCCUAUCAAGUGAUACAUUUUCCUAGAGAAAUAAAGCCCUUCAGGUUUGAUUUUUGGUCACUUGAAUUAAGCAGAAUUAAGUGCGUUUCUUUGUCUUAUACAACCCUUCAUAGUAGUCAUGAAGCAGAAGUCCUUAAGAGUCCUUCCAAAAUUCUUUCUUCAAGCAAGCACUGCUCUCACAGUGUGACCCAAUACGUUUUCAUGUGGCAGAAGGACCUACUUAGACGUUGUUAAAUAUGAGGAGACUAUAGCCACUUUACCCUUUUUUUUUUUGAGGAGCGCAUUAAUUAAUCUUGAUCUGGGAGAGACCAGAAGAGUGGUGCAAAGUGGUAAUAACUUUCAGUUAUUAAUUAAUCAGUUGUAAUUUUUCUCUUCUGGCCCUUUUAAAGGUAAUAUUUGUGAUGUAUUUAUUCUUAAGCAUCUCUUCCUUUUCCAGAGUAUAAUGAAGGAGAACUUUGUCUGUGCAAGGUUUAGUUUGCACUUUCUCUAGACAGCUUCUCAUGUGCAGUUUAGUUGCAUAAAUAAGGAACUGGGGUUUGGUUCUGUUGGCCCAGGAUGGCUCUGUGUGCACCCAGGUAUGUGGUAGCUCAAGGGUCAAACUGGAGGUUCCUACCAGAAGAUCAGUUAGCAAAAUCAUGCUCUUAUUUUAGAAAAUCAGUCUGUGAAGCCCCAAUUGGAAAGGUUUUUCUAAGAUAUUUGCUUUGUGAAGUGGAAACUAGAGUGAAUUUGGAAAAGUUUCCCAAGGAUCGUAGUUGAAACGUACCUGUAUGAAGCUUGUACUGGAGUAAGGAUGCAGUGACAGGAUUGAAUUAAAUUGCUGGAAGUUUUUGAUUGCUGAUGGUAAUAACCUAGCCUAAAAAUGUAAUGGUUGAAGAAUUGGUGAAUGAAUUGAACUCCCUGUCUGGGGGAGAGUGGGCUUUUUGCAGAGGUUGGGGGGCUGGUGGCAAGGGACCGUGACAACUUCAUCUGUGUUUUCCUUUAACCACCAGCCACAAGCAUCAGGGUCUCCAUUUGCUGGUUUUAUUUCUUCCUGAAAAGGCUCCUAAAACAGAGCAAUCACUCUGGAAGAGUGUUUUCCAUAGGGCUUUGCGGAACAGCUGCUUUCUGAAUCAUUUUCCAGAUGCAUGCAAAUUUGUAGAAGGGAGUUUUCUUUGUCACAAAAACGUCCAUGGCUCCUGCUCCGCUGUGCAAACUUGCACUUGUGAGUGCUGCAGGCAAAGAGUGACAAAUUCAGUGCCGUGUUCAGAGAAACACUUGAAACUCGUUUGUAAGAAAGAUUAGUGUUAAUGCCGCUUAUUCCAAAUGUCGGAGGUACCUGUAACGCUAAUACUACUAAUUUUCUUGCUGCCUUCUGUAGUUCAGAAUUGAGAAGGAAAUACUUUUGUAGAGCUUAUUGAUUGAGAACUUUAGUAUGGAUUAGUGCAACCUUAAACUUGAAUGCUCCUACCUCUCAUAAAUGCCGUGAUUAUGUUGAUGUAAUGCUGUGCUCCUUCUGGGGAAGAAUUAUCAGAUAUGUUUCCAUUCGGCACCUUUGUUUUUAGAAGUGGAAUAAUGCCUUGUGAAACCUUGAGUCCCGGUGUAUGUUUUGGAUUUUAGCUUAUUAGUUGAUUAAGGGAUGUUUGGCUAUUGUCAAGUGAAGUCCUGACAGUAAAAGCAAUUCAUGUACGUCUUUGGAAGCAGUUGUGUUGUUUUAUAGCUGUGGUUAUUACAGAAACAGAGGUGGGCCCAGUUAAAAAAAAAUCAAUAUUAUUGCUGUUCUGAUUAGGGGGAAGAGUAUAGAAGCUCUGAGUGAGCUUGACUGAUUUUAAUAAGUACACGUGAUAAUUUGGAGAUGGGUCUUAUUUGGUGAAGGGAGAGUUUAAGAACAACUAUAUGACUUGUUCUUGAUAUAGAUGGAUAGUUUAUAAGCUGUAAAUCUUGUUGAAAUGUAAAUGUACUGUCAGAAGGCCAUUAUUGUGUCUGUGGGGAUGUAGAGCUGAUCAUAUCUUGUCUUGGAAAAGGUUAUGCUGGAAAUUAAUCAAGUUGUGGUAAUAACUUAUAAGCAAACUUAUAACUUAUAAGCAAAAUCCCUGCUUUACUGAAAGCCUUUAUUAUAAUGAAGAGUUUGAGUGGAAAAAGUAGGUUUAUUGUACUGGAAACAUUAUAGUAGUACAUGGCUCAGCACUUGGAUAAAUUGACUCCAGAUGCUUUUUUACCUGUAGGCAGUGGGUCCAAACGUGGUUUUAGAGUGGAAGCCAGUUACGGACUUGCUUAUUGUGGUUUAGAGUUGAACAAGAGAACGUCGCAGUUGAUACCAGCAGGUAUGCUUUUAGCGUUCCUGGCAGAGGUCAAAGAACUGGAUGGAGUUCUGGAUUAUCCACAUACGCUUUGGUUAUGUACGUAAACCUCUGAAGAAGGUAACGGUUGUGAGUGGUCUGUAUAACGCCAGCUUGUAUGGCUUAGGUGUAGACGUCUACCAGGCAGCAUCUUCCCCAAACACAGAUCCUAAAGGUAAUGUUGCUGCAAUCUCCUUUGCUUUCAUAUGUUUGGACUCGAUUUUUUAGUUAUGAACUCCCAAUACUUGCUGUGACCUAAAUCUAGCGCUCUGCUUCCGAAUAUCUACAGCAACAGACAUGCUUAAGCUGCUGUCCGCAUACCACUUCGGUACCCUGAAGUCUUAAUUUAUACUUGGUGCAGACAAAGGUACAUUUUGUCUUGGCUUCCAGCUGUUUGCUGUAAGUCAGCACAGCUUUUACUGACACCUGAAGGCUGGAAUUAUUUGAGUGUAGGCAAAAAUCAAUCGACUCUGUUCAGCUCUAGCAUAGCCUCACAGUUCAUUCCUGGGAGAAGUUGAGUGAAUAGCUCAAAACUGGCUCUGCCAUGUUAGAUUUUUGUGUUACUAAUUUGAAAGGAAAAUCCAUCACUACCGUCCAGCAUGAUGGUCAACACAUGGUCCCUUGGAAGUUCUCCCGUUUAUUCUGACUUGUUUUUCUCCCUAUCUGACUGCUAAAUCCUUCAGACUUCCUGAAGUUUAUUGGAGUCCCUACUGAAGAACUGAAGGCAUCCAGGCAUUAGUUUCUCCAUGUCGUAUCAUCAGAUUCCAGUUAUUUCCUUUGCAAAACUCCUUACUGCUGUCUCUGAAACAAAUCUAUGUGAUCUAUAUUGUUCUCUCCAGGGGCUGUUCCUCCUGAGGGAUAAGGAGGGGGAGGUAGGAGCUGGAUUUCCAGCAGCAGGGUGUGCUGUCAGCAUACAACUGCAGCACACACACCUAUUUACUUGUGCUUCUCUGUGACCCAACGUUCGGGGCUGUGAUAAACCUUCCCUCCUCCCUCAGCAGGGUUUGUUUUGCAUGGCAGCAGGCGUGUGGUAGCUGUUUCAAAGAUGAUUGUACCAAUUCUCAAAUUCAUUUGAAUAAUAGCCCUAGAUUUUUGCCACCUGCUUUCAUAAUCCCAGAUCUUUCACCAGUGGAACCAAGCCGCCAGUAAUUGGGGUGUUCAGCUUAUUUCUGCAGUGUAGCUUGACAGAGGGAACGGGAAGAGAAAUAGCUUUGAGGAUAAUGUAGCGGUCGCUUAUUUGAGUGUGUUUAAGAUGUGGUCUGUCUUCAUGAGAGGGCUUUGAAGACUUCACAAGUAGGUCUGCUAUUUAAAGCUGAAUUUUAAUUUUUUUUUUUCCCCCUACUCAAGCGGGAUUCUCUGGCUCUUUUUUUUAAAUUGAAGUGAUCUAAGACCAGGAUCUUCUAGCCCUUGGAGUUGCACCUUGAGCUUUGGCCCUCUCCCCAUCCCCCAAGACAUCAGAAGUACUGGUACAAUUUUUUUCUCCCCAGUCCCUCUGCAGCGAUUGCAAGGCAGCCAGCUGGGCUUAAAAUUAUGCAGGCAUACUGGAGGUUGUGCAGCAGAAUCGGCUAUCAGAGCAGAUCUGACAGUCUUAAAGAGACUGCUAAUACCUCAAAGCAUUCUGAGCUUUUUGUUGAAAACUGUUAGUAAGAUUAAGGGAGAUGAACUGCUUUUUAAUUAAUAUGAUGGUGGGAAGGGUAGACCACAGCAGUGGCUCCAGUGGUUGCGGUCUUCUCCACGUCCCAAAUACAGGUUUUUCUCUCCCGUGAUGAGAAAAUACACUAUAAAUAUCCUGUCUUUGUAACCAGCUGCCCAAGGGAUUCAAUCAAUUACUUUCUGUUUCACUAAAUAGAAAAGUGCUGCAGCCUGUGAAAAGUGGUUUACUUCUUAUUUUGAAGUCUUGACAAAAACCUCAGCUCUUAAGACGAAAAAGAUUUUUAUCAACCUCAACUUUCUCAGAUGCAAGUCAGUGACUUCACUGCAAGUUGUCCAGUCUGAACAUCAGCUGAUCCUUCUGCCUCUUCUUACCCUGCAGUAACACGCACUGUUCUGAAUGUGACAGCCUGAUUUCCUUCCCCAGGCAGUGCGGAGAACUCCUGUCCUGGAGAAGACUUAUCUAACCAUGGAGGAGAGAACUAUUGUGCUGCUGACUUAUUUUUCUCUCUUGUCUGCAAGGAAGGCAAACUAGCAGUGGAGGCCGAGUAUUUCCUUCAUCUCUUCCUCAUCAUUCCUAUCCUUCCUCCCCUCUGCCUCCCAUUGAUCUUUUUAUGUGCUAAACACUUUUCAGAAGCUGCUGUACUGGGUAGUGGAAAAGAAAACAAACCCCUAGUUAUUAGUAGCCGUUACUAUUUACCAAAGCGAUAUUUUCUGCUAUGAGUUCCAGCGUACCCUCCUCCGCAGCAGGAAAUGAGGAUGCUGGGGAGACCAAAAGCAAGAGAAGAGAAUUUAAUUAUACAAACAAACCCAUUCAUGGGAGUCUUGGAGGCCCCUGAACCUUGCAGGCCACUUUGCCUAGGGGCAGAAAAUUUAACCUCUUGGCUCGUUAUGAGUUAAUGAGAGGCAGGGUUCCUGUCCUCCUGAGCUGGUGGUUGUGUGUAUCUUGUGAUAUUUAGAUGCUGAGAUGCAAGGUGCCUCAUUUUAGGAAUGUCAAGCCUCGAAAAACAUUUCUCCUGUGAACCUUGUACUCUGAAAUUGCUGAAACAACCUGUCUUUCCUGGACGCAUUGAUGCCAUAGGCAGGAUCUAGGUAGCCUGGGGUUAAACACAGCUAAGCUGGCUGGCUGGACACUAUAACCUGGUUAGAAUUGCUUUUUCAAGCUGCUUUAGAGCUGUUGCCUCUGCUCCUAUUGUAGCAGUAUACAGUGUGGUGGUUUGUUCGUCUGGAGCUUCAAUGUUUGUUACCUCAUCCUCUGCACCCUUGUGUGGUUCCUAAAAGCUGGUUAUUCCCUGUGUAGUGGUUGGAGUUGUGAGUGUUCCCUCCUUGUCCAGAAUUUGGCCCUUUUUUUGUGUUUUGGCAUCCAACGUGAAGCAUUUGCAUCUCUACAGCAAUCCCGCAGACUCUGUUGUCAGUCUGAAUUCCCUUUGGUGUCUGUCCUGCAGUUGUUGUCUCGAAUAACUGACCACAGGAGAGCUGAACGGAGAGGUGCAGACAGCCCUGGGCUGGAAUGCAGCGUCUGUUGGGUGAUGAAUGCUGUCAAAUACACAUGUGUUUUAAUAAUCCAGUCGGAUAUUGACUGGUCCCAUGUUGAGCCCAUGGUGGUUACAGGCAUUGUUCUUGGACUCUGGUGGUUCUCCAUCCUGCCCUUUUCUUUACAGAUAAAUGGAUGAUCUCUGUUCGGCCUGGAGUGCUAAUUUUCUUCCUUGGCAUAAAUCAUCUUUGAUAAUUUCUGGGUUGAGAAAAUGUAAACCCCAUGCUGUACAUAAAUGAAUGAGUGAUAAGAGGAAUAUCUACAAAUGUAGUUACGCUGUAUGUAAUGUACAUAAGGAGAGAAUGUAUUUUGUUCAUUUUUUUUUUCUUAAUAAAAAUGUAUAUG